UAACACGUGUAUCCCUCCAUUUUCCCCCUCUGUGCAAUUCUUCUGCUUAUUGAUCUCUGCUCCUAAUUAACGCUCUGUAUCUAAACUCCAAUUUAAAUUUUAAAAGUCAUAACCUAAUUCCAAUUACAAACGCAUAGAUUCACUCCGAAUUUGGGCUGAUUAGCAAGAACAAUUGUGUAUUAAAUGAAAGGAUGUCUUCACCGAGCAAGAGAAGAGAUAUGGAUGUUAUGAAACUGAUGAUGAGUGACUAUACUGUGGAGCCAAUCAAUGAUGGGAUUAGUGAAUUCAAUGUGGAAUUCCAUGGGCCAAAAGAAAGUCUUUAUGAAGGUGGUCUUUGGAAGAUCCAUGUAGAGCUGCCAGAUGGUUACCCUUACAAAUCUCCUUCAAUUGGAUUUCUGAAUAAAAUUUACCACCCUAAUGUUGAUGAGUUGUCUGGUUCUGUUUGCUUGGAUGUCAUUAACCAGUCAUGGAGUCCAAUGUUUGAUCUUUUGAACAUUUUUGAGGUUUUUCUUCCACAACUGCUGCUUUAUCCGAACCCUGCAGACCCACUAAAUGGUGAAGCAGCAUCUCUGAUGAUGAAAGAUAGGAAGCAGUAUGAUGAAAAAGUGAAAGAAUACUGUGAACGUUUUGCGAAAAAGGAAAAUAUUUCAAAGACUCUUACAGAAGACAGCAAUGAAGAUAUCAGUGAUGAAGAAGAUGCAAGUGAUGGACAAAGCGCAUCAAGUGAUGACAAUGUUGCUGGUGAAGCAGAUCCAUGAGAAGGAUCUUUCUGAUAAACUCAAAUUUAGGCAGUCUUUCCAUAUUCUGAUAUCCAUUUUAUAAUUUUGUUAAUUUCUAGUCAGUCAUCUAUUGAAUUGCUUGUAAAUUUAUGAAGAAUUAGUUAGAGCUCAAAAUUCAGAUACAAUAUUAUACCUUUGCAUGUAUUACAAAGUUCUACACUGGGAUAUUGAAUAUAGUGAAAAUUGAAAUA